GAGCCAGCGAGCGCGGGAGGCAAGCCGGCUGGCUGGCCGGCCGCUGGAGUAGCAGUAGCAGUAGCUAGCAGCAGCUGAAGAAGGAGAAGAAGAAGGAAGAGGAGGGGGAGAAGGAAGGCAGAGAGGCAACGGGGCCGCCCCUACUACCACCACCGUCCCCCGUGGGAGGCUGCGACUCUCCGGCCUGGCGGGGCCCCAGCCACCCAACCGAUCGGCCAUGCCGAAUAAAAACAAGAAGGAGAAGAGUCAGGAACCUCCAAAAGCAGGCAAAAGUGGAAAAAGUAGCAAAGAUGUGCAAGAUAACCUGGACAUUGAGGUCACAUGCAAAAAAUCAAGCACCAUACCACCUGCAACACAGUUAUCUAAAAUCAAAGUACCUCCUGCACAAGCUGUAGUGAAGAAAGAAAAACGCCAGAGUUCUUCAAGAUUUAGUAUUAGCAAUAAUAGAGAACUCCAAAAGCUGCCAGCUUUAAAAGAUGUCCCCCCUGCAGAGCAAGAAAAGCUUUUUAUUCAGAAGUUGCGACAAUGUUGCGUCCUUUUUGACUUCGUUUCUGAUCCACUAAGUGACCUAAAGUGGAAGGAAGUAAAACGGGCAGCUUUAAGUGAAAUGGUAGAGUACAUCACGCAUAAUCGAAAUGUGAUUACUGAGCCCAUAUACCCAGAAGUAGUACAUAUGUUUGCAGUUAACAUGUUUCGCACACUACCACCUUCAUCCAAUCCAACGGGAGCAGAAUUUGACCCAGAGGAGGAUGAACCAACCUUAGAAGCCGCCUGGCCUCACUUACAGCUUGUUUAUGAAUUUUUCUUAAGGUUUUUAGAAUCUCCAGAUUUCCAACCUAAUAUAGCUAAGAAAUAUAUUGAUCAGAAGUUUGUAUUGCAGCUUUUAGAGCUCUUUGACAGUGAAGAUCCUCGUGAAAGAGAUUUUCUCAAGACUACUCUGCACAGAAUAUAUGGGAAAUUCUUAGGCCUAAGAGCUUACAUCAGGAAGCAAAUUAACAAUAUAUUUUAUAGGUUUAUUUAUGAAACAGAACAUCACAAUGGCAUAGCAGAAUUACUGGAAAUACUGGGAAGUAUAAUUAAUGGAUUUGCCUUACCAUUGAAAGAAGAGCACAAAAUUUUCCUUCUCAAGGUAUUAUUACCUUUGCACAAAGUGAAAUCACUCAGUGUCUACCAUCCACAGCUGGCAUACUGUGUAGUUCAGUUUUUAGAAAAGGACAGCACGCUUACUGAGCCAGUGGUGAUGGCACUACUCAAGUACUGGCCAAAGACUCACAGUCCAAAAGAAGUUAUGUUUUUAAAUGAACUAGAAGAAAUUUUAGAUGUUAUUGAACCAUCUGAAUUUGUAAAAGUUAUGGAACCUCUUUUUAGGCAGCUAGCCAAGUGUGUCUCCAGUCCACACUUUCAGGUGGCAGAACGAGCACUAUACUACUGGAAUAAUGAGUAUAUUAUGAGCUUAAUCAGUGACAACGCAGCAAAGAUUUUGCCCAUCAUGUUUCCAUCCUUGUACCGGAAUUCAAAGACUCACUGGAACAAGACAAUACAUGGCUUGAUUUACAAUGCUCUGAAACUCUUCAUGGAGAUGAACCAAAAACUGUUUGAUGACUGCACACAGCAAUUUAAAGCAGAAAAACUCAAGGAGAAACUAAAAGUGAAGGAACGGGAAGAAGCAUGGGUUAAAAUAGAAAAUCUAGCCAAAUCAAAUCCCCAGUACUCAGUAUGUAGUGACACCUGUCUGGUGAGCAGUCCUGUUGCAAUGGAAACAGAUGGGCCUUUAAUUGAAGACUUGCAGGUGGUGAGAAAGACAGUGAAAGAAGAAGCUUGUCCGGCACCGAAGGAACAGAAAAAGGAGCAUCCUAUGGUGCGGCGCAAGUCGGAACUGCCUCAGGAUAUCUAUACCAUGAAAGCCUUGGAGACCCAUUGCCGAGCUGAGGAUCUAAUAACGCAUGAUGGGCAUUAGACAAUUCAAGUGAAAUCUUAUUUGGAGGAAAACCCUUUUUUUCUGGACUCUGUUCCACAGUAGAGAACUUACUUUUUUUGUGCCAUACUGACCAGUUACACACGUCAAAGCUUUUUUCAACCCCAUUCUGUUAGGCAAUAACUUUGAUACAGUAUGCGCAGCUCAAGAUUAGUAGUUCAAACAAUGGUAAAUUACCUGAUUCUGUAUGCAGAAACUUGGGUUGAUUAGUAUUAAAAUAAGACAAUUUCUUGGUGCUCUUGAUGUAGUACCAGUCAGUCAGAAGCGUGCACUUUUUUCACAUCACUACUGAGAGAAGAGCAGUCUUUCGGAGUAAAUCACCAAGCGCUGCUGCUGCUGCACAACCUCCCAAAUCUUUUAGAUUGCUUCACACAUUACGUACGUGUGUGUGUGAGUAAAGCUAUUCUGUAUAAGGGAAAGCAUGAAACCAUAAUGUUGGUCAUCAUGUUUGCUGCAUGUACACAUGCUAGGAAGCGACAGUUAACUGCAGCUUCCGGUUCUUGUACAUCAUACAUAUGUGUAACACGUGUGACUAUCACAUGGUGACAAUCUACACAGAAAUUCCAUGUUUUUUCCCUAUAUGGAACAGCUUUCUGUGUGGGCAAAGUGCACCAUAUGAAGUGGUCUUGCAUGGGUUUUCCUGUACAAGACCCACUGAAAUGAUUAGAGGUUGCACUACAGCAGCACCUGGUAGACUAUAAGCCCACUUUCUUUCUCAUCCCUAUCCCCAAUUGGUACUGCAGAAAUGGUCAAGCUUCUAAAUUCAUAUAUAACUACGAGGCAUUUUUAUAAGACAGAAAACAUUUGGGGGGGGAACAGUUCUGCUUUACUGCCUUGACACAUUCUGGCAGGUUGGAAACAUACAAUUAAAUUGUUCUCUCAGUGCAGCUUACAGAAUGGUAAUUUUCAUGACAAUCUUCAAUCACGGCUAAUUUCUAGGAGCUCUGAAAACUGUUCCAGAGAGAGGCACCCUUGUCUGAGUACUUUAUAUGGAUUGAAGCCAUAUUUUCCAGUCCUUUAGCAUGUAAUACAAAAUGACUAUUUUGGAACUGAGCUGGUAGAAGAGGAAUUUGUGUUCUUAAAAAUGAAAUACUAUCUGCCUUGACUAGAAAUAAAUUGCAUUUUUAAACAUCAUUGCAUACCUCUUUUGUUUUUCAAAAUUAUUUUUUUAUUUACCAAAAUGGCUUCACUGUUUUACUUCCUCACCUGAGCUUUUACUGCGUGUCAUACUUUGGGCUCUUAAGAAUUGUUCUUGCAGACAUCAUGAGACCAGCUUAGUUGGAUACAUUUCUCUGGAAUUCAGCAUCAGUACCUUUUUAGAUUAUUUUUUAAUAAGGCAAAAAUAUCUUCUAAUGGCAUUCCAUAUUUUUCAAAUGCCUGUCUUAAGAGCUGAGAAAUGGGUUCUAGUAGCUCUGUUGUCAACACUUUUAUCUGUGGUGAAGAGCACAUAUAAUACAUACACACCUCACAAGAAAAGUGAAAACCCAUCUGAGUUGCUGUUGAUCUUCAAAUGCUGCUAUAUAUUCCACAAGAUUACUUGCAUGUUCUGAGCUCUUUUUUCAUUGUUCUAAGUGGGAACACAUUAAUACAUUUUCUAAAAAAUAAAUAAAUACAUAUUGUACUUUGUCUUUGAUAUUUGAUUUCUCUCAGGGUGGCCAGUAUUUUAGACGUUUAAAUCCUGCUUAAGAACUGUUUCAGUUGAGUUUUAUUUAGAAUGAGUGACUUGUUUCUUUUGUCUGGCAGUAACAUAAAAAUGUUUAAUGUCUUCAUGCAGAAAAAAAAAACUAUAUGCAGCUUCUUUAAAAUAGUUUUUGUUUUUUAAAGGAAAUAAGGUAGAAUCCAUAAAAAUUAUUGUGCAAAACAGGCAAUUUUAGUAACCCUGUGCAGAUAUAGUGCCUGAUGUCUGGUCUCAAAAUAAAAUGUCCAAUAUUUAUUGCAAAAGCUAUGGAGAGAAAAUCAGAUCAGGUGUGAUGGGAAUUACUGGUAAAGCAAAGCUAAAUUUAAAGACCACUCCAAGCUUUAAAUGAAAUACCCAUUCUGUGUAAAAAUAAUUCCUGCUAAACUUGAAAAUGAAUAUGCUUUGCCAUAAUGACAAAACUAAUAAUUAAAGCAGUCUAAAUAUGUCUUUCUCCUUUUUGUGGGGGGAAAAGGGUGCUUUUAAAGUUGCAUAAAGCAAUGUCUAUAUGUAUUUUGAUAUACCAUUGUUUGAACUUCCGUCUUUAGCUGAUAACUUAUCAAAUAUCUUUUUUUAAUAAUUUGGCUAUUCAGUAGGUUCAUGAAAGAGACUUCUGGAAGGAAGAGCUCUAAUUUUAUCCUAUGGGGGGGAAUGGGAAAAUAUUGUAUAUCAAUGUUUGGUUGACUGUGUAACGCUCGACGUAUAAGAUCUUUCACUGUCUAGAUUUUAUUUUUGCUCUUUAUUGAAGAUAAACAUUCACCAAAAAGCAAAUAUUCUGGGAUAAGUAGAGGAAUUAUGCCAUGGCAAUUUGCUCUUGAGUUUUUAGGCCAGUUGACAAACUAGCCUAAGCAAUAUUCUAAAAUUUAGCAGCACUAAUUCUUUGGCUUGUUUGUUAUUACCAUUUUUAUGCUCUGUAUACGUUCUGUAUUAAAUUAUUCUAAAAACUAAUACAUCCAAAAUAAAAUAAAAAUGUGCAAAUAAAUUUCUUUUGGUGACUGUUGUUCUUCAUAAGGUUCAGUGUUAGCCACCUUCCCAUAUUCUCCAAAGUUUUAUGCCUGUACAUCAGGAAUGUCAAAAAGAAUAUUACAAGUGUCUUUUUUUCGUGUGGCUUUAGUAUGGCUUCAUUUUAAUAUUGUACAUACAUUGUUCUUUGUUUUAUUGUAAUGAGUAAUAAAAAUGUAGACUUCAUAUUUUGUACAGAAUGGUCCUAUGUACAGAAUAAAAAGUUCCUAGAAACAGCAAAAAAGUAGGUAAGUGGCACAAUUUUUCUUUUUACUAUAUCUGUAUCUUUUAUGCUUUAGUGGAAUGCUAUGUUCAAAUGUACCAACAUAUUUUUUAAUAUUUUGUAAUUCAGGGUUUUUUUUGUUCAGAUAUUGUUUAUGAAGAACUUCAUACACCUGCCAUUUAAUAUGCUCUUUUAUCUAGUUUUUAAAUUCUAAAAAUGGUGUAUUAUAUGGAUUAAAUAAAGAAGAAAUGGAAUUUUA